CGGUGAAGGAACAGAGGCUGGUGCAGUUCCACAGGUUUCUGUAAAACUGGACAAACGGCGUGAAUCAGCUCAACAGGAGAGUCACUGUGGAGGGAAACGGCUGUGGGACCUGAUUUUCACUAAAAGUUGCUGUGACCGGAUUUUGCCUAUGAUUUUUUAUUUUUAUUUAAUUUUUUUAUACUUAAAAGCAUGUAAGGCAUGUUAAAUUGGAGACAGCAGUUUAAGAAUAAAGGAAACUAUCAGACCAAUCACAGCGGGAAAAUGUCUUCACGCCCUGUGACAUAAGUAAGGAUCCUACAGUUCAUUUUUGUUGUAAACCAUGGCAUCUGGAGAGAAAGAGUCUCGAGGGAGAGGCCUUGCUUCUCUCUUUCCAUGCUGCAACAGAGAAAAUGACCAACCAGAAAUUCGCUACUGUGGUGAAAAUGUCAAGGCGAUGGAGCCUACGAUGCCCAUGCCUCCCAUCCAGGAGCUGAACUCCAAGUUCACCGAACUAGUGGAUGAACUGGAGCUUUCAGAGAAGCACAGAGCGGCCAUGUUUGCUUUGCCACCAGAGAAAAAAUGGAAGCUUUACUGGAGUAAGAAAAUGGAUGCAGACGGGGAAAAAGGAGCAACUAGCUGGCCUGAAUUUUACAUUGACCAGCUGAACUCAAUGGCCGCUAGGAAGCCACUGCAUGCAUUGGAUGAAGAGGAUCAAGGCAGACUAAAGGCUGUUGAUGGUCUGAAAACAGCUCUGCGGACUCAGCCAAUAAGAUUCGUGACUGGCUUCCUUGAGCAGGAUGGCCUCUCCUGCAUCCUUAACUUCCUAAAGUCCAUGGACUAUGAUACGACGGAAUCCCAGGUUCACACGUCAUUGAUCGGCUGCAUCAAGGCUCUGAUGAACAGUUCUGAUGGCAGAACUCAUGUCCUGGGACACCCAGAGAGCAUCAACAUCAUUGCACAAAGUCUAGUUGCAGAAAAUAUAAAAACCAAGGUGGCAGUCUUGGAGAUCCUCGGUGCUGUUUGUCUCGUCCCAGGAGGUCAUAAGAAAGUCUUGGAGGCGAUGCUGCACUACCAGAACUUCGCCUCAGAAAGAACUCGAUUCCAGAACCUGAUGACAGACUUGGACCGGUCCACAGGUCGAUACAGGGAUGAAGUCAGCCUGAAGACGGCCAUCAUGUCCUUCAUCAAUGCUGUACUCAGUCAGGGAGCUGGGCAGACCAGCAUGGAGUUCCGGAUCCAUCUGCGCUAUGAGUUUCUGAUGUUGGGCAUCCAGCCAAUCAUGGAUAAGCUUCGGUCCCAUGAAAACAUCGCCCUAGACAAGCACAUAGACUAUUUUGAGUCGUUGAGGAAAGAAGAUGAGCUUACGAUGGCUAGACGUUUUGAUGGCAUCCACAUCAACACUAAGAGCGCGAGCCAGAUGUUUGAUUUGAUCAGGAAUAAACUAAACAACACUGAAGCUUACCCUCACCUUCUGUCUGUGCUGCAGCACUGCCUCAUGAUACCAUAUAAUAACAGCAGGACCACGCUGCAAUACUGGGUGCUGUUGGACCGCAUAAUUCAGCAGCUGGUUCUGCAGACGGAUAAAGGUGAAGACCCAGACAUGGCCCCACUGGAGGACUUCAAUGUAAAGAAUAUUGUGCGCAUGUUAGUUAAGGAAAAUGAGGUGAAAAGGUGGAAAGACGAUGCAGAUAAAAUGCGAGAAGAGACAAGGACGCUGGAAAAACGCUUGGACAAGAAAGAGAGGGAGUGUGAGGCCAAGAAUAAAGAGAAAGAAGAGCUGAUGGAGACAGUGAACAACAUGAAAAAUAAGCUUGAGCGAGAGACCAAUGAGCACAAACGGACUAAGCAACAAGUGGAGGAGCUUAACGCUCGCUUACAGCAGUUCAGCUCUAGCUCUAGUGUUCCAGGAGGGCCUCCAGUCACUUCUGGUGGUUUUGUUUCAUCUGUAUCUUCACCCAGUUCCCCUGCUCCUCCACCUCCUCCGCCUCCUCCACCUCCUCCUCCAGGUGGUCCGCCAGCCUUUGGCGUGGCUCCUUUAGCCCCUCCUCCUCCCCCUGGACUUCCUUUAGGGAUGGCAGAAAAGAAGAAAAACAUCCCUCAGCCAUCCAGUCCCCUGAAGUCAUUUAACUGGAGCAAACUACCAGAGACCAAGAUAGCAGGAACAGUCUGGAAAGAUAUCAAUGAUGAGGAUGUGUUCAAAGUUCUGGAUCUUGGGGAGUUUCAGAAGACUUUCUCAGCUUACCAGCGAGCAACAAAAGAAACUGGAGGAACUGAAGCUGUUAAAAAAGUCAAAGAACUGUCAGUGAUUGAUGGCCGCCGAGCGCAAAACUGUAACAUCCUGCUGUCACGACUAAAAAUGACCAAUGAGGAGAUCUGCCAAGCUGUCCUGAGCAUGGACGAUCAAGAGGAGUUACCCAAAGACAUGUUGGAACAGCUCCUGAGGUUUGUCCCUGAGAAAAGCGAUGUGGAUCUCUUAGAAGAACACAAACAUGAAUUGGAGCGCAUGGCUCGACCUGACCGCUUCUUGUAUGACAUGAGCAGAAUCAACCACUACCAGCAGAGACUUCAGGCUCUUCACUUCAAGAAGAAGUUUACUGACCGAAUGUCUGAGGUCAAACCUAAGAUCAAAGCUCUCAGCCUUGCCUCAGAGGAGGUGGUCCAGAGCAAGGCUCUCCGUCAGCUGCUGCAGGUGGUUCUGGCCCUUGGGAACUAUAUGAACAAAGGACAACGUGGAAACGCCUAUGGAUUCAAGGUUUCAAGCCUAAACAAGAUGGUUGACACCAAAUCCAGCAAGGACAGGAACAUCACUCUGCUGCAUUACAUGAUCACUGUGCUGGAGGAUAAAUUUCCUGUAGCAGCAUCAUUCAGCAAGGAGCUGCAGAGCGUUCCAGAAGCUUCUAAAGUCAACAUGACCGAGUUAGAGAAGGAGAUCAACACCUUGAGAUCUGGUCUGAAGAGCAUUGAGGAGGAGCUGCAGUACCAGAAGAACCAGCCCACCCAGCAACCAGUUGAUAAGUUUGUGACCGUGGUCAGUCAGUUCAUUACCGUGGCAUCCUUCAGUUUCUCAGAUGUAGAAGAUUCGCUUCGAGAGGCUAAAGACCUGUUUGCAAAGGCGCUGACAUACUUUGGAGAGGAGUCGUCUAGCCAGCAGCCAGAUGACUUCUUUGGGAUCUUCAACACUUUCCUCUUGGCGUACUCUGAAGCUCAACAGGAGAACGAGGACAUGGUCCGCCGGCAGGAGGAGGAGAAGAAACGGGCACUCAUGGAGUCUCAGAUGAAGAAAGAGCGGGAGCAGAGGAUGAACAAGACCAAAGGAGUGCAAGAAGAAGGAGGAGAGUUUGAUGACCUUGUGUCUGCGCUGCUCUCAGCUGAGGUCUUCGACAGAGAUUCGUCCAAAUUUAACAAAAAAAAGCAGCGCAGUCCCAGAGAACUUGGCAGCCGAGAAAGACCAACGGCAAGCCUGAGCAAGUACCAGGACAAAUAAUAACCUGCAUGGGUUCCCUGGGUCUGUGGCUGAACUAGCAUCACAGCGAUUACAGUAUAAGACCAGUAAGUGGUUCACUGGGACUGAAACUGAACCUUAGGAUUUUUUUUUAAAGCACUGAUUGACUAGAAAUGACUCAGAAACAGGGAUGGUUGAUAACUAUUAGCACCUUGUUUUGACUGGAGUACAAUUAGGAUCAGAUAAACUUCCAGGGACCAGAACUUUUUAAAAAUUGGUUUCUCCAGAAACCAGUCAGCAUUCCAUUUUUAUUGUAACUCAAUUUCUUUAUUUUUUAUCAUCAAAAAACCAAGAAAGAGUUGAAACUUUCUCAUCAUCUCGAAUGUACCUGGAGCCUCAGAGAUGUUAAGGCUUUCAACACUCAAAGAAAUUGUUUUAAAAGAUUCAGGAGCCACUGAAACCUGGGGCCACACUAAAGGAUUAAUUCUAGAUUUUACCCCAAUUGGGGAAUUUAUGUAGUUUUUGCCAGUUGUGAUCAAUCUGCAGGGUGAGUCAGUUACAAAGUGUUAAUUUGAGUAAAGUGGAAGAUUUCAGGCGGUCAGUGUGUGACGGAAACAGACACAACCCACCCUGACCUCAGUCGGAGUCAAACCAACAUGUUUGGGAUUUUUAAAGGCAGAUCUAACAGAUAAGCACGACCUGAUGACUGAUCCAUCUACAAGAAAAGAGAAGCUCAGAUGUGGCAACAGCAUAGAGACAACUUUUUGACAAAGAAAGCUUUUUGAAACAAUGCACAGUUAUAAACAAAUUCAAUGAACUAAUUAACUUGGUAAUAAGACAAAAAACAAACAAGAAAACAACACUGAGAUGUUCAUAUAUUUACAAAUGAAUUUCAUAUAUUCAAUUGCAUCAUAGAUUUAAUAGGACUGAGUUUUCUGAUAAAAAUAUUUUGCACAUAAAAUGAACCUAUAUAUUAAAACAUUCUUUAGAUUUAUUAGCCAAAAACAUUCCAAACAUAAUAUUAUCUAUUAAAACAUGGUGAUAUUUUUAUAUUAAUAUUUAUAGUCCAAAACAGACACAGACACCCAACCACCAUCCAAGAACCUUAACGCCCGAUCUCUCCCUGGGCGCCGCACAAUGGCAGCCCACUUUUCCCUAAGGGGAUGGAUUAAAUGCAGAGGUAAAUUUAUCAUGUGUGUUCAAUUAUUAAUGUAUGUUAAAACCUAUUAAGGAUAUAAAAGCCUCCCUCAGAUAUUUACAAAACCAAAAGUUGAUUGUUGAUGGAUUUUUGAAAUAUUAUUGGACCAAUAUUUAAUUGAUUUGUAGAAGCAUUUGUGUUCUCAUCCAAUAGUUUGGCUCAUGAGUCGACUCUUGUCGGUCUUUUCUGGGUCAGAAACUGAAAAGUUUGUGAAACUCUGCACCAAGGCGUUGACUAGAAUUUGAAACGGCAUCUCUUUAAGUUUUACCCAAGUGUCAAAGACCUGUCUCUCCAAAGUCAAGCUCCACACACUCAGUUGGCUUUGAUUGAGAUAACAAAUGAUGUAGUCUGUGAUCUCUCUGCAGGUACAGCUGUGCCAAUUAUUCAUUUAAAAAAAAACCUUCUCUAAAUCUGUGAUAAAAUUCCCCAUCCUGACAUGCAAACCCACCUGCCUAUUCUGAGGUCAUUUUCUUGUUUUUCUAGUAUUUAUUGUUAGUUAAAGGACGGCCAUCAUGUUUGUGGUGUAAUCUGAGAUGUGAACUGGGACCUGAAUGCCAUCUUCAGAGCUGUCCAUAUGAUUCUAAAAGGGACGUGCAAUAACAGAACCAUCAGUUGAUUAUCAAUAUUUAUGUCCAACAAUAAUGGAAAUAAAUGUUCCAAGUUGAUGGUUCUGUAACAUAAAGUAAUUUAAGAGUUUAAAAAAGUAAAUAUUUAAGCAAUCUGCUGUAAAUAAUCAGUGUUAUAUUGUCCUCAUAAAAAGGUUAAAACAUGUUCUAAGUAUGAUCUAUACUGUAUCUGUUUCUCUUGUAAAAGGGUAAAAAAUAAUAGUGUAUCCUUUCUGUCUAUGAGUCACUCUC